AACAAGUAGUCCGCAUGCCUGUUUCCUAGCCAUCCAUCCAUCAUCUACCGUUUAAUCCGAGGUCGGGUCGCGGGGGCAGCAGCUUUAGGGGGAAAGCCCAGACUUUCCUCUCCCCAGACAGUUCAACCAGCUCCUCCGGCAGGAUCCCAAGGCAUUCCCAGGCCAGCCGAGGGAGGACUCGAGCGUGGAGAAAGCCGCAUCUGUUUUGCCGGCCGGACAAGUUGCAGUGUGAACGUAGCGAGGCUUGAUUACUAGUGAACAUGGAGCUGCCUUUUGGAUUGGGGAAUAGAACACACAUGAAGUUCACGUCUCUUAUUUUCUUCAUCUUCUGUUGCUGCAGCUUUGUAUGGAGAUCAGAAGCUGACUGUCUCACGCCUCAGAGAGGGGAAACAAGUGUUUUGACCGACCAGGCGCACUUGAUGGAUGAUUUUCCAGAGGGUUCCAAAGUCACCUUGGAGUGUCGCAACGGCUACGUAAAAGAGGCAGGCUCGGAUGCUAUAUAUUGCCAGGGAGGCAAAUGGACUGCAAUUGAGCUCGUCUGCAAAAAGUUCGACUGUGGUGUCCCUCAACCUCAGCCCAACAUGAUCUUUAACACCAGUGCUGGAACCCUCUUUGGCGACAUUAUGACAGUCAGCUGCGAUAAAGGUUACCAGAUCAGCGGGACAAGCUACAAGCAGUGCUUCCCUCGAGGGUGGCUGGGAAGAGCCCAGUGUCACAUUAGAAAGUGCAAGUUUCCCGCAGAGGUGAACAAUGGGAAAUGCUUGUGGGCUUCACAAGACCCCCCGACGUACGGCGAGAGCAUCAAGUUUGAAUGUGACGAAGGCUUUGUGCUGACUGGAAACUCCACCAUCCAAUGUGGCGAGACGGGUGAAUACAAUUCCCCGCCACCUGAAUGCAAAGACAUUUCGACGACAGCUGCUCCACCGACCACGGCGGCUCCACCGACCACGGCGGCAGCAGCAGCAGCUCACAAAGAUAAAAUUAUCACACACAACGCAGAAGUCACCACGCGUCAAGAAAUACAUGACAAAGCCAAAGAUUCCAACAAGGAUGUUGAUCAUUUCCCUGUUAUAAUCGGCGCGGUGGUCGUAUGCCUUGUUGUAUGCAUCGGUGCGAUCUGUCUGCAUAGGCACUUUCUCAAAAGGAAAGGCUCGUAUAACACCAGAGAAGAUCUGAAGCCCAAAUUGUUUCUCUUCCAAAAUGCGUAGGAGUUCCGCUUCACUAGAAGUUGGAUGAAUGCCAAUCUGCUGACAAGCAUCUGGGAAGCCAGGAAGGACAUGCCAACACACUGGAGCAGUUCCUUUAAAGGGAAGAAAGAGCAAAAGGGAAUUUGAUUACUAAUAUUGCACUUCAACUGGCAGAUCAUUCUUUUACGUCACUGCGUUGCCAGUUCAAUGAAAGUCCACUGCUCAAGCACUUUUUUUCCCUCCUCGUUAUGUUUGUAUCACAGUUGUAAAUAUUCACUGCUAAGUCUUUUUAUUGUAUUUUUGUAUAUUUAUAACUGGAAUAAACCUGUGUUUCAAUGA